AUGAGAAAUGAUAGCCCAUGGAGCAUGGCCACUGAAUCUUCCGCCGUCGCCGUCGCUGGCGACGCAAAUUCCACUGAGCCAUGGAGCGCGCGGGUGCGCGCCCUCACGCGCCUCGGGCGGCACAGGGAGUCUCUUGCUCUCCUACGUCACGGCGACCCCUCGCCGCCGCCCCACGCGCUGGCGCUCCCGGCCUCGGUCAUCUCCUGCGCCGCGCUGUCCCUGCCCUCCAGCGUUGCCCAGAUACACGCGCUCGGCGCCAAGCGCGGCCUUCUCCCCGCCGCCGACGCCUACCUGCUCUCCGCGCUGCUGACAGCCUACUCCCGCCUCGGCAGCCUCCGGCUCGCCCACCAGCUCCUCGACGAAAUGCCUCUCGAGUCCACACCCCACACCACGCUCCGCACCGCGUUCAACUCUGUCAUCUCCGGCUGCGCCCUCCACGCUCUCCCGGUGGCCUGCUUCGCUCUCUUCCACCGCAUGCGCGCCGCCGCGGUCCGCUUCGACGCGGUCACCCUCCUUGCGCUUGUCCCUGCCGCGCCUCUGAGCGUCGUGCCGCAGGUUCACGCCCUCGCUGCCCGAGUCGGGUUCGCCACCGAGACUUCCGUGGCUAACUGCCUCAUAUCCACAUACGCGCGCGGCGGCGCGUUUGGCGCGGCCCUCGCCCGGAGGGUCUUCGACGAGAUGCCGCUGGCCUCCCGCGACCUGGUGUCGUGGAACGCUGUGCUGUCAGCUCACGCGCAGAACGGCCUGGCCGUGGACGCCCUCGAUCUCUACCGCCGCAUGCGUAGCCCCGAAGGUGGCGGGGUGGAGCCGGACGCCGUGACGAUCGUCGGCGUGCUCUCCUCCGCAGCGCAUCUCGGCGCGCUCGGUGUGGGCUUCGACGUUGAGCACUACGUGCGCCAGAGGCUCCCGGGCUUCCGCACCAACGUGCAGCUUUGCAACGCGCUAAUCAACUUCCACGCGCGCUGCGGCAGCCUGCCUCGAGCGCAGCAGCUGUUCGACGAAAUGCCCAGAAAGAGCAUCGUGUCAUGGACGGCGCUGCUCACUGGACACGGCAUGCACGGAAAUGGUGACGUCGCCGUCAGCCUCUUUGAAAGAAUGGUGUCCGAAGGCAUCCGCCCGGACAACGUCGCAAUGGUCGGCCUCCUCUCCGCGUGCAGCCACGCCGGGUUGUACGACGAGGGGCGCAAGUACUUCUCAACAAUGGAGAGCGUCUACAAGUUGCGGCCCACGCUGGAGCACUACACCUGCAUGGUGGACCUCCUCGGACGUGCUGGCCGCCUGGAGGAGGCUCGAGAGCUCAUCUCAUCAAUGCCCAUGCCGGCUGACGGCGCGGUCUGGGGUGCCCUUCUUGGUGCGUGCAAGAUACACAAAAACGUGGAGGUUGGGGAGGAGGCCUUCGCGAAUGUCGUCGAGCUGGAGCCGAGGAACGCGGGAUACUACGUGCUCAUGUCAAACAUAUACACCGACACGGGGCAGCUGGACAAUGUCGCGAGGGUGCGGGCGAUGAUGAGGGAGCGCGGGCUCAAGAAGGAGCCCGGAUGCAGCUACGUCGAGCACAAGGGGAGGGUGCACCUCUUCAUGGCCGACGACCACUCGCACCCACAAGCAAGGAGGAUCUACGAGCUGGUGAUCAGGCUGGAGCUGAUGGUGAAGGAGAAGUCGUCGGGAGUGAGGGAGAGCGAAGUGGCGGCCGCCAAGGGACGCAUGGAGAAGGCGGCUGCACAGCCGCUGGUUGGGAUUCACAGCGAGAAGUUGGCAGUGGCGUUUGGGUUGCUGAACACCGAGGCCGGCAGUGAGAUUGUGGUGAUCAAGAACCUCAGGGUGUGCGGGGACUGCCACUCUUUCUUGAAGGUGGUUUCGGCCACUACCAACAGGGCGUUCCUGGUCAGGGACGCGAGCCGCUUCCAUCGCUUCGAUGGUGGAGUUUGUUCCUGCAAAGAUUACUGGUGA